UCGAUGACAUCUUAAAUCAUCACUUUUUUAAUCAAAACACUCGUGUCAACAUGCGAUUUUUGUUUUGCUCGCAAAUUAAUAUCGAUUUAGUCGUUUUUUAAUUAAAAUUUCAAUUGAAUUUUAUAUAACAAAAUAUUUUAAUUAAUGUUGUUUGUUAGACAAGCUCUAAGAGCUUUUACCAAGUCACAUAUAGUGCAUAGGGUCCAAAAAAUAAAAAAUACUGCAUUCAGUGAAAAAUAUUUACUAUUCACAAAUCUUGGUAUCAGCUUAACAUUAUCAUCACUUGGUGAUGUUUUGGAACAGAAAUAUGAAAAAUAUUCUGGACGAAUCAAUAAAUGGGAUCAAAAGCGCACAAUGAAUAUGGCAGUAUCUGGUGUUAGUGUUGGUUUUAUAUGUCAUUACUGGUAUAGAUUUUUAGAUAAAAGGCUCCCAGGCUCAAGUAUAGUUAUAGUUCUAAAAAAAGUGGUUCUAGAUCAAUUGAUUUGUUCACCGUUAUAUAUAUCAAUAUUUUUUAUAACAUUAGGAAUAUUAGAGAAAAGUACGUUGGAAGAAACUCUUAAUGAAAUUAAAGAAAAAGCAUGGAAAUUAUAUGCAGCGGAAUGGAUGGUUUGGCCAGUAGCUCAAGUAGUAAAUUUUUAUUGGUUACCACCGAAAUAUAGAAUUUUAUAUGAUAAUUUAAUUUCAUUAGGAUAUGAUGUUUUUACUUCUAAUAUAAAAUAUUGUACGGAUAAAAUUGACGAAAAUGAUUAAUUAAGUUUUGUAUUUAAAUAUAAAGAAAUUUUACAAUAAUGUUAAUUAAAAUACGACUAAAUCGAAAUUAAGUACAUAAUGUGAUCUAUAAUUUAAUAUAUAAAAGAAUAUUAAGAAUAAAAAUCAUGUUGUACCUGAG